GGUCGGGCGCCGUUUUUGUUUCUGUUUCUGUUUCUGCUUCUGCUUCCCCUUUGCGCUUUUUGUGGUUAAGUGCGCGCACUCAAGGUGAAAAUUAUAUUGAGUUCUUUCGAGUGCCAUUUCGAGUGUGUCUAUGAGUAUGUGGCCAUAAAAUUUGAUUUGCAAAAGUUAUUCAAUUUACGAUCAGUGCUCCCAUAUACAUACAUACACACACACAUACAUAUAUACAUAUAUGUGAUCGAUCUGAUGAUUCAACUAUAGCAACUAUUAAGCCAACGUAAAAAUAUCUCUGCAAGCAAAUCUGUAAAGCGCACAACACAACAGUUUAGAUUACAAAUCCGAGCACUUGCUAUAUAACUGAAACGGAUACAGCAUAUAGCAUACAGCGGCAACGAGGACAGCGACAAAUCUUUGCAAUUAACUCGCAUAAACGGCUACAAACAAAACAAAGGCAAUUAAACGCAGAGUCGGGAGCCGGCGGGAGCGGGCGGAGACCACCCAUCGACAAUCUGCACACCAUACACAACAAUCUAGAAUCUGCUGUUGCGGCCCACAUCCUCCGACAUGGGCGACAAUAUAAUUGGCUCGGCAAGCUUCCUCCACUUGGGCGACAUUGUUUCACUCUAUGCGGAGGGCAGCGUUUGCGGUUUCUUGAGCACACUCGGUCUGGUGGAUGAUCGAACCGUUGUGUGCCCCGAGGCUGGAGAUUUGAGUUGUCCGCCCAAAAAGUUUAGAGAUUGCCUCAUCAAAAUAUGCCCCAUGAAUCGGUAUUCUGCGCAGAAGCAGUUCUGGAAGGCAGCCAAGCAGUCGGCCAGCUCCAACACAGAUCCCAAUCUGCUGAAGCGUUUGCACCAUGCCGCCGAAAUUGAGAAGAAGCAAAACGAAACGGAGAACAAGAAGCUGCUGGGCACCUUCAUACAGUACGGCCGGGCUGUGGUGCAGCUGCUCCACUUGAAGUCGAACAAGUAUCUGACGGUUAACAAGCGUCUGCCCUCGCUGCUGGAGAAGAAUGCGAUGCGUGUCUAUUUGGAUGCGAAUGGCAAUGAGGGCUCUUGGUUUUACAUAAAGCCGUUCUAUAAGCUGCGCUCCAUUGGCGACUACGUCGUGGUGGGCGACAAGGUGAUUCUCAGUCCGGUGAAUGCCGAUCAGCAGAAUCUGCACGUGGCCGCCAACUAUGAGCUGCCCGACAAUCCCGGCUGCAAGGAGGUCAACGUACUCAAUUCGUCCACCUCGUGGAAAAUCUCACUGUUCAUGGAGCACAAGGAGAACCAGGAGCACAUACUCAAGGGCGGCGACGUAGUGCGUCUCUUUCACGCCGAGCAGGAAAAGUUUCUUACCAUGGACGAGUACAAGAAACAGUACCAUGUCUUUCUGCGCACCACGGGCCGCACCAGUGCCACAGCGGCGACCAGCAGCAAGGCGCUCUGGGAGAUCGAGGUGGUGCAGCACGACUCGUGUCGAGGUGGCGCCGGCGACUGGAAUUCUCUGUAUCGUUUCAAGCAUCUGGCGACGGGUCACUAUUUGGCUGCCGAGUCCGAAUCUGAUGUGGCGGCCGGAACAGUUGCUGCCAACGCUCAUGAAUCCUUGCUGGGCGACUGUAGCAAAGACUCGGGACUUAGCUCUACAAUGAACUCCACCCUGAAUGAGAAACCGAAAGGCAAGCUAUAUCGUUUGGUCUCCGUGCCCUAUUCGGCCGACAUAGCCUCUGUGUUUGUGCUGGAUGCGACGACAAUGGCCCGGCCGGAUAGCCUGGUGCCGCAGUCGAGCUAUGUGCGACUGCAGCACAUUUGCUCGAACACGUGGGUGCAUGCGACAUCGAUACCCAUCGAUGUGGACGACGAUAAGCCGGUCAUGUCCAAGGUCUGCUGCUCGCCCAUCAAAGAGGACAAGGAGGCCUUUGCCCUGAUACCCGUGUCGCCGGUGGAGGUGCGCGAUCUGGACUUUGCCAACGAUGCGUGCAAAGUGCUGGCCAUGGUGACCAGCAAGCUGGACAAUGGCAGCAUUUCGAUCAAUGAGCGGCGCGCUCUCAUCUCGCUGCUGCAGGACAUUGUGUACUUCAUAGCCGGCAUGGAGAACGAGCAGAACAAGACCAAGGCGCUGGAGUUUACCAUCAAGAAUCCCAUACGCGAUCGGCAGAAGCUGCUGCGCGAGCAGUACAUACUCAAGCAGCUGUUCAAGAUCUUGCACGGUCCCUUCCAGGAGCACAGUGCGGGCGAUGGGCCGUUCCUGCGGUUGGACGAGCUCAGCGAUCCCAAGAAUGCGCCCUACAAGAACAUCUUCAGGCUGUGCUAUCGGAUAUUGCGGCUCUCGCAGCAGGAUUACCGCAAGAACCAGGAGUACAUAGCCAAACACUUUGGCCUGAUGCAGAAACAGAUCGGCUAUGACAUCCUGGCCGAGGAUACAAUCACCGCGCUGCUGCACAACAAUCGCAAGCUGCUGGAGAAGCACAUCACGGCCGCCGAGAUCGAGACCUUUGUGGGGCUCGUGCGCAAGAACAUGCACAACUGGGACUCGCGCUUCCUCGAUUAUCUGUCCGAUCUGUGCGUCUCGAAUCGCAAGGCCAUUGCCGUCACCCAAGAGCUGAUCUGCAAGAGCGUGCUCAGCGACAAGAACGUCGACAUUCUGAUCGAUACACAAAUCAAGGCGCUCCGCGGCGAUGCUGCCGUGCGCUGCUACAAAGGCGCCUCCGAGGAUGUCUGCCUCGCCACGCUCACCGAGGUGGCCGGCGAUGACGAGGAUCGCUCCGAUCUGCAGUCCAACUCCACCACGAGCACCUGGGACAGUGCCAGCCUCAACGGUGAGGCCGAGAAGUAUGAAAUACAUUUGCAGUGGAAGGGCCAACCGUCAUCGCGCUCCAUGGCGGAUCUGGCCAGCAGCGUAGCCGACGGCUGCGAACAGGAAGCGGCCAUAUUGAACUAUUAUCGCCAUCAGCUGAAUCUGUUCUCGAACAUGUGCCUGAACCGGCAGUACCUGGCCCUGAACAGGCUCUCGCCCCAACUGGAUAUUGAUCUGAUACUAAAAUGCAUGUCCGAUGAGACAAUGCCCUAUGAGCUGCGUGCAUCCUUUUGUCGCCUGAUGCUGCACAUGCAUGUCGAUCGUGACCCCCAGGAGCCAGUGACGCCUGUGAAAUACGCGCGACUAUGGAGCGAGAUACCCUCCAAGAUGUCCAUUAUGGACUACGAUGGCAAGAAUCUGCAGCCGGAUCAGAACAAACAGGCCUGUCGUGCCAAGUUCAAUACGACCAUCGCAUUCGUGGAGAACUAUCUGUGCAAUGUGGCCACCAAGGUGUGGCUGUUCACGGAUCAGGAGCAGAACAAGCUGACCUUUGAGGUGGUCAAGCUGGCCCGGGACUUGAUAUACUUUGGUUUCUAUAGCUUCAGCGAUCUGCUGCGCCUGACCAAGACGCUGUUAUCCAUUCUGGACUGCGUGUCGGAGACCUCAAGUGGCGGCGGAUAUGUCAACGCGGAUAUUGAAUCUGUCGAAGAGGAGACGAGCAACGAGGCCGAGGGCGGCGUGCUGCGCUCCAUUGGGGACAUGAGCACGGUGAUGACCUCUCUGGCGCUGGGCUCAGUGGGCCAGGCGAUUGCGGCGCCCGCCAUAGCGCUGCAGCAGCGCAAGUCUGUGUCGCAGCUGAUGAAGGAAUACCCGCUGGUCAUGGACACCAAGCUGAAGAUCAUUGAGAUACUGCAGUUCAUCCUGGAUGUGCGCCUGGACUACAGAAUCAGCUGUUUGCUCUCCAUUUUCAAGCGCGAGUUCGACGAGUCCGAGGUGCUUGCCCAGACGCAAACCGGCCCCAACGAGGAACAGACUCCGCCCGCCACUGCAGGCACCACGGACUCGGAGCAGAUAGCCGCUGCGGAGGCUGCCAUGGCUGCAGCAGCCGCGGCUGCCACGGCGGCGGCGGCACGCCAAAAGAAUAUCGAUCUGGAAUCGAUUGGCGUGCAGGCCGAGGGCAUCUUUGACUGCGAGCGCAGCGAUGCGGCCAACUUGGAUUUGGAUGGCCAAGGCGGACGCACUUUUCUGCGCGUGCUGCUGCACCUCAUCAUGCACGACUAUGCGCCGCUCGUCUCGGGUGCACUGCAUCUGCUCUUCCGUCACUUUAGCCAGCGCCAGGAGGUGUUGCAGGCCUUCAGACAGGUGCAACUGCUCGUCUCCGACAGCGAUGUGGAGUCCUACAAGCAGAUCAAAUCCGACCUGGACAUAUUGCGGCAGAGUGUGGAGAAGUCGGAGCUGUGGGUGUACAAGGCCAAGGCGACGGACGAGCUGGGUGUCAGCGAAGUCGCCGGCGGUGCGGAUAGUCUGGAAUAUGAUGCCACGCUGUCGCCGGAGCAGCGCGGCGAGUAUCAGAAGGUCAAGGAGAUACUCAUACGCAUGAACAAGUUCUGUGUGACGGCCGGUCCCAUUGUCAGGCCACGCAAACACGAACAGCGCCUGCUGCGCAAUGUGGGCGUGCACACGGUUGUGCUCGAUCUGCUGCAGAAUCCCUAUGACGAGAAGGACGACGUGCUGAUGAAGGAGCUCAUGUGUCUGGCCCACGAGUUUCUGCAAAACUUUUGCCUGGGCAAUCAACAGAAUCAAGUACUGCUGCACAAUCAUCUCGACUUGUUCCUCAAUCCAGGCAUACUCGAGGCGAAGACAGUCUGCGCCAUCUUCAAGGACAAUUUGGCGCUGUGCAACGAGGUGACCGACAAGGUGGUCCAACACUUUGUGCACUGCAUCGAGAUCCAUGGCCGGCAUGUGGCCUACUUGCAGUUCCUGCAGACGAUCGUCAAGGCGGAGAAUCAGUUCAUACGCAAGUGCCAGGACAUGGUGAUGCAGGAGCUCAUCAAUGCCGGCGAGGAUGUGCUGGUCUUCUACAACGACAAGACCUCGUUUCAGCACUUUGUCCAGAUGAUGCAGCAGCAGCAGCAGCGCCGCCAGCCGCUCAGCGACGACAGCCCGCUAAAGUACCAUGUGGAGCUGGUGAAGCUGCUCGCCUGCUGCACCAUGGGCAAGAACGUCUACACGGAGAUCAAGUGCAACAAUCUGCUGUCGCUGGACGAUAUUGUGACCAUCAUUUGCCAUCCGCUGUGCAUGCCCGAGGUAAAGGAAGCGUAUGUGGACUUUCUCAAUCAUUGCUACAUCGACACCGAGGUGGAAAUGAAGGAGAUCUACGCCUCCGGCCACAUGUGGAGCCUUUUCGAGAAGAGCUUCCUGGUCGACCUCAAUCUCUUGGUUUCGAACAGCACAGCCGCCGCCAACAAGACCCUGCUGGCAUAUGUCUUAAAUGGCGUAACCAAUUUGCUGGGCAGCUUCUUCUCGAGCCCCUUCUCCGACCAGAGCACCAUAGUCCAGUCGCGCCAGCUAAUUUUCGUGCAGCUGCUGCAGGCCACGUACCGGCUCACCCAAUGCAAGUGGCUGCCGCUAGCGGAUCGCUUCAAUGUGGAGACCUGCAUUCGUACGCUGACCGAAUCGGCCAAGAUGCGCAGCAUUGUGCUGCCGGUGGAGCUGGAGCAGCAGGUGGCCAACAUGUCCAGCAAGACGGCGAUGCUGACGCGCCAGACCGCCAAGUGGCUGCUGGCCUCCAAGCAGCCCAAGUACGAGACCCAACAGUCGGCCCAGCUAAUGCGCUGGGAUCGCUCCAUCAUUGAAGGACUGCAGGACAUUGUCUCGUUGCUGGAGGAUCAACUGAAGCCGGUCGUCGAAGCGGAGCUCUCACUGCUGGUCGAUAUACUCUAUCGCUCCGAGCUGCUGUUCCCAGCCGGCACCGAGGCGCGCAAGCGCUGCGAAAGCGGAGGCUUCAUUCGCAAGCUGAUCAAGCACACGGAGAAGCUGCUGGAGGAGAAGGAGGAGCGCAUGUGCGUCAAGGUGCUGCGCACCCUGCGCGAAAUGAUGGCCAUUGAUGUCAACUAUGGCGAAAAGGGCGAUGCGCUGCGCGAGACGCUCCUGCUGCGCUACUUCCAGUGCAAGAGUGCGCCCAAACUGGAGGACGAGCAUCCACAUCUGCCGGCCGCCAUGGCUGCUGCGGCAGCUGUGGCUGCGGCGGCGGCGACCUCCGACUCAGCCAAGCAGCUGCAUUUGGUCACCCAUGGACCUGGCGCCAAGUAUCUUGCACGUGCUGGCAAAACGCUGCACGAGAUGCAGAAUCAUCUGGACCGCGAGGGCGCCUCGGAUUUGGUCGUGGAGCUGGUCAUCAAAUCGGUGCAUUCGCCCAACAUCUUUGUCGAAGCCGUUGAGCUGGGCAUAGCGCUGCUCGAGGGCGGCAAUCCGAUCAUACAGAAGGGCAUGUUCCAGAAGUUUCUCAGCGACGAUCUGAACCAGGCGUUCUUCAAGGUCUUCUUCGAGAAGAUGAAGGAUGCCCAGCAGGAGAUUAAAUCGACGGUGUCCGUCAACACCACAGACAUUGCGGCCAAGGCGCACGAGCAUAAGCAGGACGGCAAUCUGGAGCUGGACAAGAUCUCGCGCAAGCACGGCCUCAAGAGCAACGGCGUCGUCAUCACGGAUGAACUGAAGCGGGAGCUGCACAAUGCCGGCCUGGCCACAGCGCGUGCCUAUGGCAAUGCGCGGAACAUACACUCCGGCGAGGAGAGCUCGGCGAUCAGUGUGAACAGCCCCUUAGAGGAUAUACUGGCCGAGAAGCUGGAGAAGCAUCGCGACAGCAAGGAGCAGCGCAAUCAGCUGUCCAACAAGGUGCUCGUCAUGCAGCCUAUUCUGCGUUUCCUGCAGCUACUCUGCGAGAAUCACAAUCCCGAUCUGCAGAAUCUGCUGCGCAAUCAGAACAACAAGACCAACAACAAUCUCGUCUCCGAGACGCUCAUGUUUCUCGACUGCAUCUGCGGCUCUACCACGGGCGGCCUGGGCCUGCUCGGUCUCUACAUCAAUGAGCACAACGUGGCGCUGAUCAACCAGACGCUGGAGACGCUCACCGAGUACUGCCAGGGGCCGUGCCAUGAGAACCAGAACUGUAUUGCCACCCACGAGUCGAACGGUCUGGACAUCAUUACCGCCUUGAUAUUGAACAACAUAAAUCCGCUGGGCGAGAACCGCAUGGAUCUGGUGCUGGAGCUAAAGAAUAAUGCCUCCAAGCUGUUGCUGGCCAUCAUGGAGAGUCGCGGCGAUAGCGAGAAUGCGGAGCGCAUACUCUACAACAUGAAUCCCAAGCAGCUGGUCGAAGUCGCCUGCAAGGCCUAUCACCAGGAGGAGCUCAUCGACGAGCAGGACGACGCGGACGAGCCGAGUGCCGCAACAGAUGAUGAUGACGCAACGGUUAGCCCACGCGAGGUCGGACACAACAUCUACAUACUCUGCCACCAGCUGGCGCAGCACAACAAGGAACUGGCCGCCUUACUAAAAGCGUCGGAGGAUCCUCAAUCGGCCAGUUUCGAUGCCAAAACAAGUCAGGCACUCAUGUACUACGCAACGCACACGGCCCAAAUUGAGAUUGUUCGCAAUGAUCGCACACUGGAACAAAUUGUUUUUCCCAUACCUGAAAUUUGCGAGUACUUAACAACGGAUACGAAAAUCAAAAUACUGAACACGGCGGAACGCGAUGAUCAGGGCUCCAAAGUGGCGGAUUUCUUUGACAAAGCCGAGGAGAUGUUCAAUGAGAUGAAAUGGCAAAAGAAACUGCGAAGUCAGCCGCUGCUCUUCUGGAUUAGCAGCUACAUGUCCCUGUGGAGCAAUAUACUCUUCAACUGCGUUGUUGUGAUCAAUAUGAUUGUGGCUUUCUUCUAUCCCUUUGAUAAUACUGUGCCAGAGCUCAGCUCGCACAUUUCGCUGCUCUUCUGGGCCAUUCUGAUAUUCUCGCUGGUAAUAGUAAUUACGCUACCUCGCGAAUCGGGCAUACGCACAUUCAUUGGCUCCGUAAUUCUUCGUUUUAUAUUUAUGCUUGGCCCGGAGUCGACACUGUGUUUGCUGGGCGUCGUUACGGUGACUCUGAAGAGCGUUCAUAUCGUGAGCAUCAUGGGCAACAAGGGCACGCUGGAAAAGCAUUUCCUCAAGAUCAUCACCGACUUUCAGCUGCUCUACCAUUGCAUUUAUAUAGCCUUUUGCUUUUGUGGACUCAUUUUCCAUCCGUUCUUCUACUCCCUGCUGCUCUUCGAUGUGGUCUACCGGGAGGAGACGCUGGUCAACGUGAUUCGCUCGGUUACCCGAAACGGACGCUCAAUUGUUUUGACCGCCGUGCUGGCAUUGAUUCUGGUCUAUCUCUUCUCCAUCAUUGGCUACAUGUUCUUCAAAGACGAUUUUCUCGUCCCGGUGGACUUUGAAGAGCAGGAGGCUGCCUCGACUAUCGGUCCCUUGACCCUCUCGGUACCAGCAUCGCCCGAGGAGUCCUGCGCCAUGCCCGACGAACUGGGCGUCUGCAAUGGCGGCACCAAGCAGCAGGUGGCUGCAGCUGCCGCCGGCAGUGGUGAAGCCAAGGAGCGUUCCUGUGACUCGCUGGUCAUGUGCAUUGUGACAACACUGAAUCAGGGCUUGCGCAAUGGCGGCGGCAUUGGGGACAUUCUGAGAGCACCUUCGAGCAAGGAGGGUCUUUUUGUGGCGCGCGUCAUCUACGAUCUGCUGUUCUUCUUCAUUGUGAUUAUUAUCGUGUUAAAUUUAAUUUUUGGCGUCAUCAUCGACACGUUUGCGGACCUGCGUUCGGAGAAGCAACAGAAAGAGGCUAUACUCAAGACGACGUGCUUCAUUUGCUCGCUCAACCGUUCGGCUUUCGACAACAAGACGGUCAGCUUCGAGGAGCACAUCAAGAGCGAGCACAAUAUGUGGCACUAUUUAUACUUCAUAGUGUUGGUCAAGGUCAAGGAUCCCACGGAGUUCACGGGCCCCGAGAGUUAUGUGUAUGCCAUGGUUAAGGCGGGCAUAUUGGAAUGGUUCCCAAGACUGCGCGCCAUGUCGCUAGCCGCUGUGGACGCCGAUGGCGAGCAGAUCGAGCUGCGUAGCAUGCAGGCGCAGCUACUGGAGACGCAGCUGCUCAUCAAGAAUCUGUCGACACAGCUGCACGAGCUCAAAGAUCACAUGACGGAGCAACGCAAACAGAAGCAGCGCCUGGGACUGCUCAACACGACAGCCAAUUGCCUGUUGCCGUUUCAGUGAAGCAAAGAUUGGGCCAACGGGUCGAGGCCAACUAAAAGCAAUUGAAUUUUAGACAUUCCCUUGUGUAGAUCUUGCACUAGAUAGAUGUAAACGUUAAAGUAUUGCCACAAAUUCCACAGUAACUUGUUAAAAUCUCAGUAGAAUCAAUAUAUAUCAAAAUAUUUCCGUUGGGUUUCUACUUAUAUUUUCUACUCGAAAGGAGACGUUUUACUGCUCCACUUACAACUCCACUUAUUUUUAUCCUAGACAUGAUCAAUUAUUCAAUUUGAAUAUGCCUUAACGUUGUAUUGGAUUCGAUUUUCUAAAAGAGAUUUGCUCAGCACAGAAGAAGUUAAGACUCGACCAUUUCCAAACGAAACCAACAACAACUAAAUACUUUACCACAUAAGGACAUUCGUAGAAACAAAUCUAUAUACAUAUAUAUAUAUAUUGUAAACUGAACUCACUCAGAAAACUUAGGGCUGUUGAAAUGUUGUUUAGUGGAUUUCUUGAUCCGCAUUUUCACAAUUUAGACAAGUUGUUUCCCCAUCUACUAUAUACACCCAACUAUAUAUCUCUAUAUACAUUUUUAUACCUACAUACUUUAUCAAUUACAAUUUAUCGCAAAGCGAAUUGGAAUAAUUACUUAAAUGUUAAUUUACGCUGUUUUCUGUUACUUAUCUAGCUGAUUAUUAAUUUUUAUAGAGUAAUUGUAUGUAUAAUAUUGGCAUUUUUUUUAAUCAUGUUACAUUUGCAACCAAAACUAACUAAUUAUUGUGAUUUGUUCGCUUGUUUUCAUCUAUUCGAAUUGUUUACCUUGUACACGGUACGAGUUUUGUUGGUUAAUUUUUUAUAAGCUAACAUUUAAUUAAAAUCCUAAGUGAAUCUAUUCUAAAAUUAAGCUACUUUAAAUGAAGAAUAUCAAAAAUAAAGUGUAGAAUUAUAUAAAAAUAAUAUAUUGAUUAAAAUAAGUUGUAAAACCAUCUAUGCGAUAGAUACAAA